AGUAAAAUUAGUAAGGUAUCAGCUGAAUGAUUAGCUGAAAGAUAUCAAGAUAAUUGGAGAGGUGACGCUGAUUGGAAAUUGUCAGCUUUUAUUAAAAUGGUGCAGAUGGAUUAUGGUGUUACUAUUGGUGGUCCUAUAGCUUAUAGGGCAAAACACUUGACCUUGUUCAAGUUUCAUGGAGUUGUAAGUAAACAAUACAAAAGGGUCUGGGAUUACGCAGAGGAAAUUAGGAGGACCAAUCCUUGUAGUACAUGUUUGGUUAGAGUUGAUGAUAUUACUAGACAACCAUCACCCAUAUUUCAAAUAUUAUAUGUUUGCUUGUCUACAUGUAAAGAAGGCUUUGUGAAAGUAUGUAGGCCACUCAUUGGUGUUGACGGGUGUCAUUUAAAGGGAAUAUACAAAAGAAAAUUUUAUUUACAGUUGGAAAAGAUGGGAAUGGCAAUAUCUUUUCUAUUGCAUAUUCUCUAGUGGAGGUGGAGAACAAGGAAACAUGGAGCUGGUUUCUACACACUUUGAUUGUAGACUUGGGGCCAGUUGAUAGAUAUGGAUGGUGUUUCAUGUCAGAUAGGCAGAAGGGAUUAAUUGAUGCUUUGCAACUUGUUGUACCUCAAGUUGAAUUAAGGUUUUGUGCAAGGCACAUGCAUGUUAAUUUCAAGCAAAAAUGGUCAGGAAAGUCAUUCAAGGAUGUAAUGUGGAAAGCAUGUAGGGCAUAUAUAAAAUUUGUUUUUGAUGAAGCUAUGAAAGAGAUUAAGGACAUGGAUGAGAGUGCAUUCAAUUACCUCAUGGCUGUAGAUCCAUCUCACUGGAGUAGACAUGCAUUUAGAGAAGCUACCAAGUUAGACUGCCUCCUCAACAACAUGUGUGAAUCAUUCAAUAAAAUAAUUCUUCAAGCCAAGGAUAUACCAAUUCUCACUACAAAAUAUAUAAGAAGAUUACUUAUGAAGAGGUUCCUUGUAAAACAAGAGAGCAUAUCUCAGUUUGAAGGGAGACUGGUACCAUAGGCUCAACACAAAAUUGAGAAAUUUAAGAAAGAAAUAAUAUAUUGUAUGGUAAGAAAUGAAGGGCCUAGACAUAUUGAAGUGGAUCAUAAUAAUGAUACAUUUGUUGUUGAUUUGGAUAACAGAUGUUAUGGAUGCAGAAAACGACAGCUUAGUAGAUUCCAUUGUAUACAUGGAGUAGCAUGUUUGGUAAAAAAUAAUUGGUCUGUUGAGGAAUAUGUUCAUGAGGCAUAUACUAGGGAAAUGUAUAUGGUAGCCUAUAAGAAGAGUAUUGCCCCAUUUCCUGGCAUGAAACAAUGACCCAUGACUGAAAACCCUUAACCAUCACCUCCACCCAAUAGAACAAUGUCAGGCAGGCCAAAGAGAACUAGAAAGAGAGAGAUAGGAGAGCAAAACUACUGCUUCACUGAGGGUGAAAAGGAGGCAAGUCCAAAAUAGAUGCAAACAACGUGGCUAAUUGGGACACAACAAGAAAACUUGUAGAAAUUCAGGCAAAAAGACAAGUGCAAAAAGACAAGGGAAAAAAAAACCCUCUGAGCCUAUGUGGAGGCCAUGACUAUCAAGUUAUGGUCAUAUUGCUUUUUUUUGGUAGACUAUGAUGAAUAUAUUACAUAUAAUGCUCUGUUCAGUAUACUUGAAUCCAUGUGUUUUGUGUUGAAACCUCAUGGUUGGAGGUGGUUGUAGUUUUUGGUGAAACUGAUAAGUUCAAUGUGAAAACUUCAAGGUCUUGUGCUUGCAGUUUUAUCAUGUUUUGGGGUUUACACUUGCAAUUUGGUCAUAUUUGGAUUUGAUUGUAAAUCACUGUACAUGCUUCAUGCUUGGGAAAUGUAG